UUCUCCGCACACAAGACUGAAUGCCUCUAGACUGACCACGGACACGACGCCGGGGACAGGACGCCAAUGGUGGAGCAAAAGAUAUGGCUCGAAUGUGCUUCUCCUCCAGAAAAAUGUUGCUCAACAAUAGUUAUGAACUCGCGGCUGCGAGCACUAGGUGGAAGAAUAAAUAACAGUCGAAUCGCAGAACUACCAAAAGAACGAACACGAUCUGAGAUCAUCUGCAAUGUCCACUUUCUGGAUAGCUCCGUGCAAAACUUCAAAGUUAGCAAACAAGAUACUGGUCAGGUCUUGUUGGAUUUGACCUAUGAUCACUUAGGUGUGACAGAGAAGGAAUAUUUUGGUUUACAGCACUUCGAAGAGUCAGCAGAUUCGCCCAGAUGGCUCGAAUCCAACAAACCUGUACGAAAGCAGCUAAAAGGAGGUUUCCCUUGCAGCCUGCAUUUUCGAGUAAGGUUUUUUAUACCCGACCCUAACACACUGCAGCAGGAACAAACCAGGCAUUUAUUCUUCUUGCAAUUGAAGGCUGACAUUUUGGAAGGAAGGUUGAUGUGCCCUGUUAAUUCAGCUGUUGUCCUUGCAUCGUAUGCUGUUCAGUCUCAGUUUGGAGACUACAAUUCUUUCAUCCAUCUCCCAGGAUAUCUCUCAGACUACCGCUUUGUACCCGAGCAAAAUAAAGAUUUUCUAGCCAAAGUAGAAUCAUUACACGAACAACACAGUGGCCUCAAAAAAUCAGAAGCAGAGUCCUGCUACAUCAACAUAGCACGAACGCUUGAAUUCUACGGAGUAGAAUUACACAGUGGUAGAGAUCUGCAUAAUCUGGACCUGAUGAUUGGGAUUGCUUCAGGGGGUAUUGCUGUAUAUAGAAAACUUAUUUGCACAAGCUUCUAUCCAUGGGUGAACAUAGUAAAAAUUUCUUUCAAGCGAAAGAAAUUCUUUAUUCAGCUGCGGCAAAAACAUUGUGAAUCCAGGGAACACAUAAUUGCCUUCAAUAUGUUAAAUUACCGAGCGUGCAAAAACCUCUGGAAAUCCUGUGUCGAGCUUCACACAUUUUUCCAGGCAAAGAAGAUGCUACCUCAUGAAAAGAAGCUCCUCUCUCAUUAUUGGACGGCGGGUCCUCGAACCCCAACAAAAUCUUCUAAUAACCAGUACUGCAAAAAAGUAAUAGGCGGCAUGAUCUGGAAUCCAACGAUGAGGAGAUCGUUAUCUGUUGAACACCUAGAGACCAAAAGUCUUCCAUCUCGGUCUCCUCCAGUUACUCCAAACUGGCGAAGUCCUAGACUACGUCAUGAGAUUCGUAAACCACAACACUCAUCUGUAGAUAAUCUUGCAAAUGAGAUUGCUUAUAUAACCGAAACUGAAGAUGUUUUUUACACCUAUAAGGUUUCCCCGACUUCUAAAGACAGUGAUUCGGAGGUGUCCCAGGGCUGCAGCCCAUGGAGAAGAUCAUCAGAACAAGAAUCACCAGUGAACAUUUUGGAAAAUGAUUCAACACAGAAUUCCUCACCCCAAAGUCUCAAUGGAACUGGGAACUCUUCAGGCUCUUAUCCUUUAGAAGGAAAGGAUAAGCAAUCUUUAGAAAAAAAUAACAUUACAAAAGGAAUUUCAGUGGAGGAUUCCAAUCAAUACUACUGUGAUAAGAAUGACAUUAUUGAUGGAGACUUGUUUUUGAUACACAUCCUGCCCGAUGAAGAUGGGAAAUUUGGAUUUAAUUUGAAGGGUGGCAUUGAUCAGAAGAUGCCUCUUGUCGUGUCCAGAAUAAUUCCAGGUUCCCCUUCUGAUAAAUGCAUUCCAAAACUGAAUGAAGGAGAUCAAAUAGUAUUAAUCAAUGGCCGGGACAUCUCUGAACAUACACAUGACCAAGUGGUGAGGUUUAUAAAGGCCAGCAGAGAGCUGCAUACCAGAGAGCUUGUGCUUCUGAUCAGGCGGAAAGUUGUCAGGCCAUGUAAUGAUAGCAAGUCAGAGGAUGAAGCUUUUCCAGAGCCCAAUCUUCCUAUCUGUUCAGAAUAUGGUGAGACCCUAGAGGAGUCAAUGGAGCAACUGAAGAAAGGGCUAGAAAGUGGAACGGUCUUAAUUCAGUUUGAGCAACUGUAUAGAAAGAAGCCAGGGCUAGCUGUUACCUAUGCAAAACUACCUCAAAACAUGGACAGAAAUCGGUACAAAGAUGUUUUACCUUAUGAUAUUACCCGAGUAAUAUUAAAAGGAAAUGAAGAUUAUAUAAAUGCAAAUUAUGUGAAUAUGGAAAUUCCUCCCGCUGGCCUUGUGAACAAAUAUAUUGCCACUCAAGGUCCUCUUCCACACACCUGUGCACACUUCUGGCAGGCAGUGUGGGAUCACAGGUUAUCACUGAUUAUCAUGCUGACAACCCUCACAGAACGAGGACGGACCAAAUGCCAUCAUUAUUGGCCUGACCCUCCAGACAUCAUGGAGUAUGGCAACUUCCGUGUCAAGUGUCGGUCUGAAGAUUGUACCAUUGCCUACGUGUUUCGAGAAAUGGUUAUUACGAAUAUUGAAACUGAGGAAGAACACACCGUCACUCAUCUCCAGUAUGUGGCUUGGCCUGAUCAUGGUGUUCCGGAUGAUUCUACAGACUUUUUGGAAUUUGUGACCUACGUGAGAUCAAAGAGAGUGGGAAAUGAGCCCGUUCUUGUUCAUUGCAGUGCUGGAAUAGGCCGGACUGGAGUAUUGGUUGCUAUGGAAACAGCUAUGUGCUUAAUUGAAAGAAACCAACCUGUUUAUCCACUUGAUAUUGUACGAAAAAUGCGAGAGCAUCGUGCUAUGAUGGUGCAGACAUCGAGUCAAUACAAAUUUAUCUGUGAAGCUAUUCUUCAUGUUUAUAAAGAAGGACUCGUUCACCCACUGGAUUCCAGUUAGCAUCACUGAAGAAAUGGAGUUCAUCAUUCUACUAAUAAAUGAAUCAAACCCAGGGGGGUUGUGAUUUGUUAGUUAUAGUGGAGUUCGCCAAGGCUCUUGAAAACAAAUAAGCAAGUUUGUACUCUGGCACUUUAAAAAUCUGUAGAAGAUCACUGAAUCUUGUUCUAUAUAUAUAGGAAGCAGGUAGGUUUGCAUAGGCAUGUGUUGUGGGACGUUCACACGCUGAAACCAAGGACAUCUUCUGUUGCCUCUGUAUGCACCUUCUAAUGCCUUAAAACGUUUUCCUGUAGAAGUUACUGUAAUUCCAGUGCAUGUGAUUCUAGACUGGAAAAGAAACACCAGCAAUACCAAUGGAACAGCAGCCUGAUGACAGGAAGUGCCGAGGUACCUUCAUCACCUAGAGAGCCAAGUACUCCACAGCUCACACAGUCACAAUGAGGUGGCAGUGGGAAUACUGUUUAACUUGUUGAGCCUGUUCCUGGAAUGGAAUCCCAAAGGCUGUCUCCUAAGGACUGGAGCAAAGACCCUGUCACCUCUGUCAGUCCGCACUACAACUACAGCAUAGAUGGCAUGAUGCUCCGAGUAGUACAAUCAGGCACCUUUAUAUGGCAGAGCACACAGCCUUCGUCUUCCACUGGUGGCUUUUUUUUUUACAAAAACGUGCUCUCUGUUUCUAUUUGUACUUCUAGUUCACCCUUCUGGAUGUUUGAUAAUCCCAAGUACAGUCUGACUAUGUUUUAUAAAUUCAAUCAGUAUGACCAUUUUUUUUUUCUGUCUCUUUCAAAGUCCUGUUGUUGGCCUUCUGCUGUAGAUGGCACCUAAUGAUUGCACACAGCUGCUAAAGUGUCUUUCCUAUUAGUGCAAACUUGGGUUAAUCCUGUGCUGAAGAACUGCUGAAAUGACCGUUGCUGCUAAAAA